UCGGAUAUCGAUACCAUAUCACAAAAUAAUAAUAAAAAUAAUAAUAAAUAACAGAAAUAAUACUACUAAAACACAAACAAAAGCAUACAAAGCUUGCACAUUUUUGAUCAAAACAAACAACCAAAUUGAAUUUCAAUUGUGGAACGAAGUAUAGAAAUCAGCUUGAGUUUGUGCCACUGCCACGCAAAAAAAAAAGUAUCGUUUCCAAAAAACUAAGCAAACUUCAUCCGAAGUUCGCGAUUAGCUAGCCAAAAACGGAGUGAUCUCGACGAGCAGAGCCACGCCCCCCAUCCACCCACGCUGCCCAGAACAGAGCAGCGAAGAUGUCGUGGCUGAACAGCAGUCUCAGCCAGCUGAAGGGCCAACUAACCAAUCUGGCCCAGGAAGUUCUGGCCGAAACGGCAGGACCCGGCGACUUGGAGUAUGAGGGACAUCGAGCAGGCGGUGCUAGCGCCCAAGAGGCCGAGCAGCAGGCUAAGACAGCCCUGGAACUGCUGGCGGAUACCCAGGAGCAAAAGGAGCAGCUGGAUAGGCGUUGCGAGGAGAAGGAUCGUGAGAUUGCCGCCCUGCGCCGGGAACUGGCCAAAAGCAAGCAGAAACAGGAAUCCAAACUGGCAGCCAGCACAUCAGCUUCGCGGGAACCGCAUUUGCAGCAGAAUGAGGAGUCCAAUGUGGAGGACAGCUGGUGCUGGGAGCCCGAUGGAGGCGACGAGAAGGGUGCUGGAUCAGGCGCAGGAUCAGGCGAUGCGGCGACGAAAGACAAGGAGUCCGGCCUCGUGGACAUCGCACUGGGAAACAACGAUGUGGUGCGGCUAAACGAACGCAUUGCGGAGCUGGAGCAGCUCAAUGCACAGCUGAAUGCCUCGCUGGAGGAGCUGGACUCGCAGCAUGAGCUGGCCAUGCAGGAUGUGCUGGAGCACAAGACGCAGCUGGCGGGUCAGGUGGCGAAUCUCAAGCAGUUGCAGGCGGAUCGCCUGGUGGAGCACGAACUGGCCAAUGCCAGGCAGCAAAAGCAGUUGGACGAACUGCGGCAGACGUCCUCAGUCGCCAAGGAGCAGCAGGAGGAGCUGCAGCGGAAGGUGGAGCAGCAGGAGGCUGAGCUAAACGAGAUGCGAGAGCUGCUAGACAAACGUCGCCAGGACACCGCCGAGCUCAUCGAACGCGUACGCCUGGCGGAAACGGAGCGCGAACGGCUGCUCAAGGAUCUGGAGGAAUCUCGGCAGGCCAAGGAGAAGAAGACCUCGGAGUCGUCAUCGAAUAGCUCCUCCACGGGUAAGCACAGCGAGGAUGAGUUCAUUGUGGUGCGCCAGGCAGAUGCCACGGGCUCUGGCUCCGCUUCUGGCUCAGAUCGCGAUCCAGAUGCCGAUGUCACGUCACCGCCCUCCAAGGAGAAGCUGCGCGAUCGUCUCGUCUCCCUAGAAUCACAAAUCUCGGAGCUGACACUCACCAAUACCCAACUGCAGGAUGCUCAGCUGGAGAAGCAGCUGAGCAUCAACUUGCUGGGUGAACAGCUUGUUGAAUUGGAGAAGCGCUUGCGCCUCAGCGAGGCGGAGAAGGAGCAGCUUCAGCUGGAUUUGCAGCUGCGCCUGCAGCAACUGACCGUACAGAAUCAGGAGCUAAAGCUCCACGCAGAGGCUGAGCAGGAGGGUCACGCCCAGGAUCUGGAGGAGCAACUGGGCGCUCUGCGCGAGGAUAACCAACGUCUGCGCCAGGAACUGAGUACCAGCAUAGCACAGGCCAAGUUCCGACAGGCCAUUGCCGAGGAGAAGCAGGAGAUUACGGAUCUGGACGACGCGGACACCGAGUACGGCACCUUCGAGCUGGACAAGCUGCGUGAGCUGCUCCAGGCCGAGAUGGAGGAUCGUCUGGCCAGCUCGUUUCCGCAGCAGAAGCUGGAGCGAGCCUGGAACUCGCUUAAGGAUCGCUGGCACCGACUGGAGCUGUUGGAGCAGCGACUGGAGGAUGUACAGAACCAGCAGCUGGUCAGCGAGCACGAAAAGAAGACCCUCGAGGCGGACAUCUCGCAGUAUAUCCUGCAGUGCGAUGAGCUGAUGAAGAACAAUGAGCUGCUGCUCAACGAACUGGACAAAUACAAGCGCAACAAGCUGGAAACCAUUGAGGAGCAUCACGAGGAGACGAUUGUCCAGCUGGAGGCCCAGUUGGAGGAGGCCAGACAGAAGUUGGAGGCUUCUCUGUCCAGCCAACAGCUGAUGGAAACAAAACUGAAAUCUAGUCCAGAAAAAUCUCCUGUGGAUAGCGAGUUGCUGGCCAAACUCGAGCAGAAGGAGCAGGAAUACUUGCUGUUGCAGGAGCAGUUGACCACCGCCAACGCGGAACUGGACAAUAGCACCAAACUGCUGGAAAAGAAUGCAGAACAGCUGACCAAACAGCAGCAGCAAAACGCGUCAGAUCAAAAGAAAUUGGAAGAACUCUCACACCUGCGGGAAACAUUACAACGCAAGGAAGUGGAUCUAAUGGAGCUGGAGGAGCAAUUAGCCUCGGUUAGGCAGGAUCUAGAUGAGAAAUCCGUUCAGCUGAAGAUCAGUCAGGAUCAGCACAAAAUCCAGGUAGCCAAUCUCCAAAAUCAGCUGCAAGCCGAUCAGGAGAAGCUAAGAGAACUGCUCCAGCUGCAGGACAAACUGGAGCAGCAAAAGGAGCUCAUGGAAGUCGACCAGAAUCAACAGAUCACCAUGAUCAAGAAGGAGCUGUCCGAGACGACCAAUCAAUUGAGAGAGUGCCAGGAGAGGCUAACAGUCAAGGAAGCUCAGCUGGCGGAGAUCCAACAGCAGUUGCAGGAAGCUAACGAGGAAAGGACAACCUUGCAGGAGCAACUCCUUAACAAGGAGCAGGAAUCUGGCAUGAACUCCGAUCAGGCAAGCCGACUUCACGAGCUUGAGGAUCAGCUGCUGGCCAAGGAGCAGCAAAUGCAGCUAGACCAAGCUGAACUGGAAAAAUUACACGAGACACUUCGGGCAAAUGAAGAGCAAGUCCUGGCCAAGGAGGAGCAGCUUCAGGCCAAGGAAUCCCAAAUCCAAACCCUAGAAUCACAACUACAGGGCCAGCAAGCAGCCGAUGAGAGCCAGCAACUCCAGCAGACCAUCGAUGGCUUGGCGCAGGAGAAGAACGAGCUGAUCAAGGUGCUGCAGCAAAAGCACCAGGAGAACACGCAGUACUAUGCGGAAAUCCAGCGACUGCAGCCCUUCGAGCAGCAGGUGAAGGAGCUGGCCAAGGAGCGCGAGAAGCUGCAGGAUCAGGUCGGCUUCCUCAAGGAGAAGUCCGACAUACUCACCACGAAUCUGCUGACGGAGCAGACCAACCAGCGACUCCUGCAGCAACAGCAGGCGGAAUCCCAGGAGCAGCAGGCCAGCGCGCUGCGAGAUCUGGAGCGUUUGCGUGCCCAUCUCCUGGAGAUCGAGGAGUUGCACACCCAGGAAACCGUGGAGCUGCAGCGCGAUCUGGACGAGUCGCGCUCCCGUCAAGCGAUCCUCGAGCAGCAGGUGUCCAAGUCCAGUACGGCGUACACAUCGGCCAGCAUCCGUGCGAAUCAGCAGGCGGAGACGCUGCAGGCGCAGCACGCCCUGCUCCAGCAGCAGCGGGAUGAGCUGUUGGCCAAACUGGGCCAGUACGAGGAUCGGGAGCUGAAGCAGCAGGCGGCGCUGACCAAUCUGCAGUGCGCCCUGGAGCAGUUCCAAAACGACAAGGAUCACGACAUCGAAAUGGCCACGCAGAGGAUACGCCGCGAGAUGCAGACCCAGUUGGACCGGCAGGGUCAGCUCCAGCUGGAGAUGAGCGGCCUGCAGCAGCAGCUGGCGGAGGCCAAUCAGGGAUUGCGAGCCGCCGCCCGGCUCUCGGAUCAACUAGAGGCUGGACAGCAGACGAUCGCCGUGCUGCGGGAUGAAGUGGAGAGCCUGAAGGAGGCGAAUGGCCAGCUGGAGCAGCGGCUCAGCAGCAGCGAGAGCAGCCAGACGGACAAGAUUGACAAGAGCCUGAUCAAGAGUCUGCUCAUCGGCUAUGUGGUCAGUGGACAUGCGGGGGAUAAGCAACAGGUGCUGCGCAUGAUCUCCUCUGUGCUGGACUUCAAUGCCCAGGAGGCGGACAAGGUGGGACUCAAUAAGCAGCAAAGCAGCUGGCUGGGCGCCAUUCUCGGUGGCGGUACCGCCCCAGCUGCGGGAGCAGGAUCUUCGCGUGGCAAUGAUAACCUGGUGCAGGCCUUCGUUCAAUUCCUGGAGCAGGAGUCACAGCCGCAGGCGCAAUCGCGGCCCACGCUCCUGAGCAUGACGGGUCAGAUGGAUGCAGCCACGUCAACCGGUGCCAUCGCCACCGCCACCUCCACGUCUGCCAACUCAGCCCAUCUUCCGCCGGCAGCACCAUUUGCAACGGCGACACCAGCAGCAAGUCAGCAGGAUCCUGCGGCUCCAGGCACACCGCCAGUGGGUGGCUCACCACAGUCGCUGGCCAUGGGCUCCAACGAAUUUGCGCCCACACGCAACUCCAGCUCGAUAUUGAAAGACAUCCUCAGCGACUCCUGAUUGUUGUAGAAUAGUCGCCUCUUUAUGUUGUCGCGUGUUUUUUUAUUGAAUAAUUUUAGCAUAACUUAAUCCAACUUGUAAACGUGCAAUCGUCGCCCGUAUUGGCAAACGUAUGUCCCGCAUAUAUCUGGCUCUAUAUAUAUAUAUAUAUUUAAUUAUAUAUAUACCCCAAACUGUACAAUGUCUGUGAGUGUAUAUGUGCAACGCUAGCAACUUGUAAAUAUGUAAUAUGCAAUUUGAACUUGUCGAGAGCAGCAGCCAAAGUAAAACCCAAUGGUUUUGGCCCGUUUUGCUUGCCUGUGACACGCCUUCACAGCGGCCUUGCUAAUGAGUAGCCGCCAAAUAAUAAAAAUAAUUAACUAAUUAAACUAUA